AUGACGACUAUGUGGCAUAGGGUUCUGCUACUGGCUUUUCUGGCCGGUAUAUGUCAAUGUAAAGGUAUGUUUAUGAUUUUGUUGGUUUUUAGCUAAAAUUGUUUAAAAUAUUUUAUUUGUUUUUUAUUUUUUUAUUCAUGAUCUGUUUUGAUGUUAAUAUCGUGUAAUUUGGUGUUUAAAAAGCCAUUAGGGUUUAUGUUAUACUUGGUGAUAUAAAAUUGUAUAUUUUUCCUCAAAAUGAAGGAUUUUAUGACCUGCUAAUUACUAUUCUGAAAAGUUUUAUUAUUGGUUUAACGUUUUACAGAUCGAAAUGUAGCCGUUCUUCUUGGUUCGGACACUCAGAAUCAUUUCAAACGACUAUUGCUACAUUCGUUGUUGCCGGAAGUUGAUGAAAAUUUGAAUUGUAACUUUUUUAUAUGUUAUAAGUGUUGGUUCUUUAGCUUUUUAACAAGUUUGAUUUGUUUUGAGGCUAGACCAUCUCCUUUUUUUAAAAAAAAACUGAAGACCGUUAAAGUUUAAAAUUGUCAAUUUUUCUAGAAAAAUUCUUUAAGUAUUCAAGGUCAACGGAUACUGUUUUCAAAGAGUUUAAGUCAAUAAGUUUUGUUCUUAAAUAUUUCAUGAUCUAGCUGACAAACUUUUGUCUUUCUUGUUUUAGUUUUGUCAAAAUGACGUGAGUUCGUAUUUUGAACAGAAUUUUUUGGUUGUCCAAAGCCAUUUUUCACUCGUAACACUACUGUUUUCUCUUAAAAGUUUAAAAAUGGUUACAUUUACUUAUGUGAAAACAUAUUAAAGGAUAUCAAUCUUAUAAGACCACACAGAGAGAAACAUAAAAGCAUGUGUAAUAUAUUGAGUAUCAAGUUAUUAUUUCAUCUAAAUUAAUAUAAAAACUAUUAGUAUAACUUUCAAUGCCUAUCUUUUAUGGUUUAAUCUUAAACAUGUCGUUAUAUGUGUAAAUGUUAAUUAAAUUCGUUUGCAGACGAUGACCACAGUUUUGUUGUUUAUCAAAACAAGGAGCUUUUGGACGGGCAGUUGGAGUCGCCUUUCAUCAAACCAAUUUCUAUUGAUUUUAGCCAGAUUACGGUUAUUUUGGCGACAAAGGGAACGGAGCAAAUGAGUUUGGAGGAAUUGCGACUUCUAAAUGAAAUUUUGUAUCAAUUUAACGAUGGCAUCGCACUAAUUAGUCUUGGUAUGUUCUUACUUUAAACCUUUAGGAUACAAGUUAUAACUUUUUAUAUUAUGAUGUUAUUUAAUAGAUUAUAUUGUAAAUUAUUCAUGUUUCAGGAGCUGAAAAUGUGAUGACCCAAACUCUAAUUGAGCAAAGUGUGUUUUGUUGGGCUUCUUCCAGAAUCCGAUCGGAUUUGGAAGUAGGAGAACAUCAUGUUCAACUAUGUAAUGGAAUCAAAGCUUCAGAACUUUCUAUUCUAGAGAGUAAGAUGAUCCCCUUACAUGAACAUGUAGAAGAGAUUGCUCUGCCUUUGAUGCCUCAACGACGCUUCUGGCCUUCUGUAUUCGCAUCUGCUGAACCAGCCGUUAAAUCAAAACAUACCGAUCAACCUAAUGCUAGAAAGGAGAGGAUUUAUGGCAAGGAUAAGAAGAAGAACUCGGCUGAAACAUCGCAAGAAGUUGAGGAGAAGAAGGUCAAGGUGGAGAAGAAAAAUGCAAAAACUGUUAAGAAAGAGACAGUGAAAGCUGAUAAGAAGGCUACACAGAAGAGACAGGUUCAACAAGAAGAGGCGGAAAGUGUUGUUGAAUCUAAAGAUUCUGACAAGAAGUUGGACUGCAAAUACAGAAAGAGCUGUUACGAAGGAAAGCCUGCUCCAACAGAAGAAGAACUACAAAGAAAGUACUCGUCAGCAUCAAAGACAGAAGCAAAACCUGAGCCAAAACCAUCUCAAACUAACAAAAACUUGUCGGAAGACGAUAAGAAACUAGAAUGUAAGUACAGAACAUCGUGCUACAAAGAGAAGGGCAUCAAGUUGAGUGAAUCCAAUGAAAAGAAAGCUCAUCAACAUAUCAUUACAACAAAACAUGCUGAAGUUGUUCACGAUCACGAAGCCGAAACUCUCAAGACGGCGGCCAAAAAAGCGAUAAAAGACGUGGAACGACAAGAACAAUAUGCGAAGGAACACCCAGCUGAUCCCAAUUACGAAUCUCUACUCAAGGACACUAAUCAGAAGCUCAAGUCGAAAGAAGAUUGCAAAUACCGAAAGUCGUGUUAUGCGACCGGGAUAUUGACAGAAGAGACCAUCCGAGGAAUUCAGCAGUCCCAGACGGCCAUUCCUCAAUCUCAUUCUCACGUGGAUGUGAAGGAGCUGAGCGAGGCCGACAAGAAACUCAAAUGUAAAUAUCGCAAGACUUGUUACGAAACCGGCGACAUUGACAUUGACGAUAAACGCUUUGACAGACCACCAGCCUAUAUCCCACCAGAAGAGAAGGUACACGUGAAUGUAGUUGAACUAAGCGAUGACGACAAGAAAUUAAAGUGCAAGUACAGAAAGUCGUGCUACGAAACCGGAGAUCUUGAUCCUGAAACAAUCAAAGCGGAAAAAGUACGACCGGUCGAGGUACAUCGACCAGAAGAAUUUCACAAAUUGGAUGUCGCUGACAAGAAAUUAAAGUGCAAAUACAGAAAGGACUGCUACGAGAGUGGUGUCUUACCUAAUCUGGAUGUAAAUCAUGUUACUCCCACCACCGAAACGCCAACAAUUGCUGCGCCUAAGGGCGAGAGCAGAGAGUUGAAAUGCAAAUACAGGAAAUCGUGUUACGAAAGUGGCCGUCUUGAUGUCGAAAACAAGCCAGAGAGAGUCGUCAUCUACGACGAACCCGUACCCACAUCAAAGGCCGAUUUGAAGUUGCGAUGCAAGUAUCGCCCCACUUGUUAUCAAGAAAUGGCCAAACAGGCUGAGGAGUACGAAAAGUUAGUUCAUACUGGUCACGAUGAGUCUUCUGAAGAACCGGAAGACGAUGAAAACGAGUCGGAUGUUAUUGUUGAGGAGCCAGAAGAUGAUGAUGAGCAAGAUGAAGAAAAGGGAGACGAUGAAGACAAGAAAGACAAUGUUGUAAUAGAAGAGGUGACUGAAGAAGAACAAACAGAAGAGCCAGAAGUUACAGUAAUUCCUGGAGGCUCUAAAAAGUCCAAAAAGUACAACGUGGAGCCAAAGAAAGAGGACGAGAAGGUCGAGGAACGACCAGAACACAUGAAACUAAAGCAAAAGAAACCUCCAGUAGAACCAAAGGUAGAAGAAGAACGACCGGCCAAGAAGGACGUGGAGAGAAUGAGGAAGAAUCCUGACAAGAGAUUCGUUCACAAAUUCAAAAAAGUCGGAAAUUACGAGAAACUUCCAAAGUCAGAAGACGACGAUGAAGUUGAAGAGCCUGUUGAAGACGUCGAGGAGGAUGUUGAGGUUGCUGAUGAGGGUACUGAUGAGGUUGCUGAUGAGGUCGCCGAUGAAGUAGUUGAAGAAGAAGACACUGAGGAAGAGGAAGAAGUCGCUCCAACACCAGCGUUUGUAGCUAUUACUCAUGAAGACGACGAUGAAGAAGAAGAGGCAGAAGCAGAGAAUGUUGAACAAUCUGAAGCAGAAGAUGAAGUAGAAUACGAAGAGAUUGUAAGACCUGAGAACCCACUACCGUGCAAAUACAGAAAGUCAUGUUACCGUACCGGCAUUCUUGACUUGGACCAUGUACCUGUGCAUACUGUAACGCAAAAGUCUUCUGAAAAGGCAGUUGACGUCAAGGAGUUGAAAGAAGCUGACCGAAAAUUGGCUUGCAAAUACCGUAAGCAUUGUUACGAAGAUGGAGUAAUAUCAGAAGAUCAUGCGGCUGCUAAGACUACAGUACAUCAUACUGUAGUUGUUGAUGUGAAGCCAAAGAGUGAAGCUGACCGUAAAUUGGAUUGUAAAUACAGAAAGAGUUGUUACGGUACUUCGGAGGAAACUGAUGAUGACGAAGAAGAUGAACAGCCAGAUGUUGAGGAUGUCCCUACUCCUAAAGUAGUGCCAGUCACAGAAACAAAGCAUGAUGAAGAUGAUGAUGACGACGAUGAAGACGACCAUGUUAAGGCCAACGGAACAGUCGAUCCAAAUUCGAUCCCACGAGAAGCCAGACUUAUGUGUAAGUACCGACACUCUUGCUACGGUAAUGUAGAAGAGGUAGCUAAGAAAGACCCUCAAAUAGCUAUGAAGUUACAUGGUGAAAAGUGUAAUACCUACUGGAAGUCGUGUCGCGAAAAACUCGGACUACCUGUGAUUGAGAGGGCACCAGUCGACAAGGAAGGUCGCAAGUUGUGUCGCAAAAAAAAGGCACAGUAA